GAGCCCUCUACAGAGACGUCAUGCAAGAAAACUAUGAGAAUGUGACCUCGCUGGCAGGGUUUCCAGUUUCCAAAUUCGAUGUGAUCUCCCAGCUGGAACAAAGGGAUAAGCCACGGGUCUCAGAUCUCCAUGGCUCUGAAGAAAGAGAGAUCCCGAAAAGUGCCUGCACAGGGGAGGGGAUGGUGAAUGAGAACAAGGAGCCGAAUCCUCAGCCAGAAGAUGCUGAGCAAGUGGAACUGCAUGGGGCAUUAGUGCAAAGAUCCCAGUUGAUUGUGUCCAGGAGUCAUGAGCAGGGAAAAGCCUGUAAGAGUCAGCACAGACCAGAGAGGCAGCAGGGAACCCAGCCAGGGGGAGAAAUGGGUAACUCCAUUAGUUAUCGGAGAGUUUACAAAGAACGCAAGGAAAUCAGAGCCCAGAAGAGAAUCUCCCUGGGAGACAGAAACAACACAUGUGCUGUGUGUGGGAAAAGUUUCAGUAGCCACUCACACCUUACUAAACAUGAGAGAAUCCACACAGGAGCCAGGCCCUAUAAAUGCUGUGUGUGUGGGAAAAGCUUCACUCUGAGCUCACACCUUAUUAUACAUCAGCGAAUUCACACAGGAGACAGGCCCUAUGAAUGCUGUGAAUGUGGCAAAAGCUUCACUGACAGCUCAACCCUUAUUAGACAUGAGAGGGUCCACACAGGAGAGAGACCCUAUGAAUGCUGUGAGUGUGGGAAAAGCUUCACUCAGAGCUCAGCCCUUGUCACACAUCAGAGAAUCCACACGGGAGAAAGACCCUAUGAAUGCCAUAAGUGCGGGAAAAGCUUCAGUCGGAGCUCAACUCUUAUUACACAUCAGAGCAUCCACACAGGCGAGAGACCCUAUGAAUGCUGUGAGUGUGGGAAAAGCUUCAGUCAAAGCUCAUCGCUUAUUACACAUCAGAGAAUCCACACAGGAGAAAGACCCUAUGAAUGCUGUGAGUGCAGGAAAAGCUUCAGUUACCGCUCAGACCUUGUUACACAUCAGAGAAUCCACACAGGAGAGAGACCCUAUGAAUGCUGUGAGUGCAGGAAAACCUUCUCUCGGCGCUCACACCUUAUUACACACCAGAGAAUCCACACAGGAGAGCGACCCUAUGAAUGCUGUGAAUGCGGGAAAAACUUCCGUCAGCUCUCAGCCCUUAUUAGACAUCAGAGAAUUCACACAGGUGAGAGACCCUAUGAAUGCUGUGAGUGCGGGAAAAACUUCCGUCAAAGCUCAGCCCUUACUGCACAUCAGAGAAUCCAUACAGGCGAGAGACCCUAGAGAUGUUCUUAGUGUGGGAAAAACUUCCAUCAGAGCUCAGCCCUUAUUUAUCAUCAGAGAAUCCACAAAGAAGACAAACACCAUUAAAACCUUCUCUAAGGCUGACAAAAUAUGUAUAUUUUCUUUAAUGCUUUUAUUAAUUCCCAUGUAGUGAACUUUAAGGCUGCUUGAACCAUUUGUGUCACCAUGGUCCACCAGGCAAGCUGCUUGCUUUUGCUUUUUAAAUCUCACCAUUCUUUGUGGUGAAUCUCUUUGAUCUUUCUAUCAACUCAUUUGAAUUAUGAGUCAUGGGAGUGUAUGUGUUCCUCCUACCAGGAAUCUCCAUCAGCCCCAGGUUGGGUAGAAAAGGGGGAAUUUUAAUGAAUCCAUAAAUUUGGGGGUCAUACCCUAUGACUGCAGAAUUGCUAAUAUAGAACCUACUUUUAAGAAAGAGGAAAAAAGUGAUCUGGGAAACUAGAGGCCUGUUAGUUUGAUCUCAACUAUAUGCAAGAUCUUGGAAUGAAUUUUGAAAGAGAACGUAGUAAAGCACAAAGAGAUAAAGGGUUAUUGGGAUAAAAUAUAUCAUAGUUUUAUAAUAUGGUAGAUCAUUCCAGAUCUAUCUGAUCUUUCUUUGAGAAAUAUAACUGGUUUUUUAGACAAAGAAAAUACAGUAGAUCUAAUCUACCUGGAUUUUGGUAAGGCAUUCGAUACAGUUCUAUAUGGGGAAUUACUAGUUAAAUUGGAGAAGAUGCAGAUUAACACAAGAAUUGAAAGGUGGGUAAGGAACUGGUUAAAGGAGAGACUACAAUGGGUCAUACUGAAAGGUGAACUGUCAGGCUGGAGGGAGGUUACUAGUGGAGUUCCUCAGGGAUCAGUUUUGGGACCAAUCUUAUUAACAUUUCUAUUACUGAUCUUGACGCACAAGGUGGGAGUGUGCUAAUAAAAUUUGCGGAUGACACAAAGCUGGGAGGUAUUGCCAAUAUGGAGGAGGACCCAAAUAUAAUACACAAAGAUCUGGACGACCUUGAAAACUGGAGAAAGAGAAAUGGGAAGAAAUUGAAUAGUGCAAAGGGCAAUGUCAGGCACUUGGGGACAAAACAACACGAAUUUUUGCCAUAAACUGGAGCCUAAUCAGUGGGGAGCAAUAGAUGAAGAGAGAGACCUGGGUGUAUUGGUUGAUCAUAGGAUGACUAUGAGCAGACAAUGUGAUGUGGCCAUGAAAAAGGCUAAUGCAAUGCUAGGGUGCAUCAGGUGAGGUAUUUCCAGUAUAGGCAGGGAAG